AUAUAUGUCUCAGGAAACAAACAAUCCAUCGUAUCGUAAUGUUUAUAUCAGGAAUGAAAAUACCGUACCUAAUAUAAAAAGCGUAUGUUUUGCUCAUGAACAUAUGUAUUCAUGAUUCUAUUGGAUGAAAGUUUUAUUUGUGCAAUAUUUAUACAAACAACUUGAAGCAUGUUUUCAUAAAAUACAUUUUGUCAACACAACACUGAGGAAAUGAGAUAUGUAACACUAUCUGUACGCAUCAGUACUGAACUUAUACACAAAUAUACACUGUUUUAUACAAGUAUGAUUCGUGUACUGUAUAUUUAGGAUGUUCAUUUUAAUUGUUUUGCUUUGCUUUGGAUAUCAUGGAUAUACAUUGAGUGAGGAUUUGGCCGCUUGUGAUAGCCAGAUUUACUGUGAUGGACCAUUAUUACAUGCUAUACAAAUGGCCAAGAUAUUUCCUGAUGGCAAAACCUUUGUUGACAUGAGUAUGAAAGAAAAUCCAGAUGUAAUAAUCUCAGCAUUUAACAACUUGACAAACCAGUCUAAGAGUACAUUGAAAAACUUUGUCGCUCAGUAUUUUACUGGACCUGGUGAAGAAUUAGAAACAUGGGUUCCAACAGAUUAUGUGAAAUUACCACAUUUUCUAAAUAACUUACACGACCCACAACUUAAAGACUUUGGAUGGGACCUUUGUAGAAUCUGGAAAGAUCUGGGAAGAAAGGUAAAAGACGAUGUGAAGUUGAAUCCAGAUCGAUAUUCGAUGAUCUAUUUACCGAAACCCUUUAUUGUUCCUGGUGGUCGAUUCAGGGAGACAUUUUAUUGGGAUUCCUACUGGGUAAUUAAGGGAUUACUGGUAUGUGAAAUGAAAACUACAGUCAAAGGAAUGAUGGAAAAUUUUAUACACUAUGUCAAAACAUUUGGCUUUAUACCUAAUGGUGGAAGAACAUAUUUCUCCAGAAGAUCGCAGCCUCCAUUUUUUAUUCCAAUGAUGUACGAAUAUUAUAAGGCAACAGGAGAUUCGGAAUUCAUCAGAAGUAAUCUGCAUACAUUAGAAGCUGAAUAUCAAUUCUGGAUGAACCAUAGAACUGCAUCAGUAGAAAAGGAUGGGAAGAUGCAUACAUUGAACCAGUACAAAUCAGACGUAAGCAAACCAAGACCAGAGUCUUAUUUUGAAGAUGUAAGGACGGCAGAGCAAAGAAAUAUAGCUGACAGACACAAACUGUAUUCAAACUUAGUAUCUGCUUGCGAAUCAGGUUGGGAUUUUUCUUCACGCUGGUUUUCCAGAGGAAAGGGGGAGAAUUUAACACUGAAUACUAUAGCAACCAUGGAUAUAAUUCCAGUUGACCUCAACAGUAUACUUUGUUUAAAUGAGAGGAUCUUAAUGAAAUUCGCCGGAAUUAUUGGUAAUUCUACAAAAGAACAAUACUACUAUCAAAAACUAACGAAUCGUAAAGAAGCCAUCGAAGCUGUGUUAUACAAUACAGAUGCAGGAAUAUGGCAUGACUUUUCACUACAUACUAAUAAAUCAAGGGAGUAUUUUUAUAUGUCCAAUAUUUUCCCUGUAUAUAUGGAGUGUACAGAUUUAACCAAUGAAAAGAAGGAAAAAAUAUUACAAUAUUUAAAGACUAAUAAGAUAUCAGAAUACAUAUCGAAAGGAGGAGUUCCAACCUCUUUAGAUAACACUGGACAACAGUGGGAUUUUCCAAACGGUUGGUCUCCACUACAACAGAUAAUGAUAUGGUCUUUGGAAAGUAUUUACCAGACUGAGCAAAUGGCUCGAAAAUUAGCUUCUUCAUGGCUCGACAGCAACUUUCUAGGUUGGCAAAGAACUAGAGGCAUGUUUGAAAAGUAUAAUGUACUUGAGCCAGGUACUCGAGGUGGAGGAGGUGAAUAUGAUAUACAGGAAGGAUUUGGAUGGACAAAUGGUGUUGCCUUGGAAAUUCUGCAGACAUAUGGUAACGGCCUCACAACCCCUGAUUCUAAUCCACAAUCAACGUGCAUAAACGGUUGUGUUAUUUCUAAAUCAAACAUUUUAAUUAUUUUACUAGCUUAUAUUGUUUAUUCCAGUUAAAAGUAGUAUUGGUGGUGUUAAUUGUUACACUAUUAAAAUUUGAAGUUACAAAAGUUGUAGCUUUCUUUUGGCUUGGAAUAGCCAUGAAAAUGUUUAAAUUACUUUUAUGACCAGACCAGUAGUCAGCACUUUGGUGUUGACAUGAAAACCAAUUAUAUUGUCAUUUUUAUAAAUUGACUGUUUGCAAAAGAAUGAAUUAUUCGAAAUUCUAAGGAUUGAUGAGAUCCCAGACAUAGAUACCCUUAGCCUAUUUACCUCAACUGUUGUUUGGUAUUUUGUGUCCUCAAUGCUCUUCGACUUUAUACUUGUUUGGCAUUAUAACUAUUAUGAUUCUGAGCGUCACUGGUGAGUCUUAUGAUGACGAAACGCGCGUUGUGCGUAACAAAUUGUAUGCCUGUUACCUUCGAUAACUAUUAUCA